AUGAUCGUUGUGUGCGUGAUUGAUAUAUCAUCGUUGGCGGAAUACCAUCAAUCAAGACAAGAUGAAGAUACAAAUCACCGCAAUCCUAUUUGUGGUAGUGCUUCAUACUUCAUUCCAACUUGCAAGUUCGUUGACAGUACUCCCUUCAUCACAAAAAGUUCAUCUGAUGAUUAUCCAUGGUCAGGAGAAUCGUGUAAUGGAACGACAUUCACAUUCAACAAUACUAGCAGUCAAUGUGGAUUACAAGAUUGUUAUAGUGCUUGGGAUCAAGGCACAUGUAUAGAUCAUUUAUGCAUAUGUAAUCCACUCUACCAUGGUCCAAACUGUGAAUACAAUUUAAAUCCUUACCACGAUUGGGAUUUAAUGGAUUGUCAUGGUGGUAGAUUUUGUCCCCCUGUAUAUGGUGCUCCUGGAUUACCACCCAGACAAUGUUAUUGCCCACCUGGUGCUGCUGGUAUUGAAUGUAAUGUCUGCACCGAUGAUAGUUUUUGUCAAACAAGUAGUAGUAGUAGCAGCAGUAGUAGUGAUUCAACAAAGUCGUCAUGUGAUCAAUCUAUCUUUAUCGAUCGCCAUAAAGUCUACAGUUGUAAUGUUACAAGUCCCGAGAUCAAUGGUGAUUUACAAAAUUCAAAUGCCUCUACUACAUUUGAAUGUGAUUUCCCAACAGGUGAUUAUACUGGAGAAGGAGUAUGCAAUAUGAAUCUUUACUUUAGAUUGACUGGAGACCCUUUGUAUUUCAAUUGUAAUUUUACAAAUUGUACCAGCGACAUUUUACCCAAUGGACAAGAACAACAACAACAACAAUAUAUCUAUUGUUCACAAAGUACAUGCAAUUGCACUAGUUAUUGUGGUUCCUUAUUUAAUGGUUUAAUUUCUCAAGUAACUGGUUACGCAAAGUUUAUUUGUGAUAGUGAUUAUUCAUGUGUAUUUUCACAAGAAACUCUACUUUAUGCGUUUCCACCUAUCCCAUUACAAUGUAUUGCUGGUGGUUGUAACAAUCAAUAA